AUGAAUACACCAUUGGUUCCAAACAAGUCGUGCUACAAUCUAAUACAGGACAAUAGAAAUGAGAUGAAAAAUAACAAUGAAAACACAGUGACUAUAGGAGACACAAAUGCCAAUCAAAUAACCUCAGAGGUUAGAACCCCUGGAAGGAAGGUGGGGACCAAUGAUUUGGCAGGAGAAACUCGCUUGAACAUUGGCAAACCAGAAAAUAACACACAACUCGAUUCAGAGAGGAACAGACUUCAGGAUACUACUGGUGUGUCAGAGGUGAGACUGCCCACUACCACCAACAGGGAACUACAUAAGGAUUAUAGAGCCGAUGGGGCUAAGGACAUGUCAAAGAUAGUCCCUAUUAGCCGGGGACAUAGUUUGUCCAAUUUGAGGAUUAACACAAAUGAUACAUUUUCAGUGGUUCUUUCAAAAAGUGAUGCUGAUCUCAUUCAGCAUGUUUCAAAGGACAGAAUGCCCAGAAGGAUUGAGCCUGAAGGGAUAAAACGUCUUUCCUUGGGAAGGUCAAGGAAACUUACGGCUAAAACAGAAGCUUUUGGAAGAGAAUUUGUUGGCCGUGUAUCAGGUAAGCGUUUGCUUUCUGCAUCUCUGGAUUCCAUCGACACUUCACAUCAUUUGACUGGAGAUACUGAAACAUCUCAGAAAGCAUCAGUGGACCAUUUUUUAGGUAUGGCCUCAGAUGGAAAUAUCAUGCGUUAUUCUAAAUCUACCUCGGAAACAAAGAAAAUAAAUGUUUCUGCAACACAAAUGAGUGUGGACAGUGCACCAAAUUUCAUCAAACAAAGCACAUCACAUCCUUCUCAUGCAGAUCAGCAUUUAACUGUUAAGUCCAAUGAUAUUUGGAGCAGAUCAGAAGCACAAUUAGAUCAUAAGGCUGAUAGGAGAGGGAAAUGGGAGUUGAAGAGUCCUCUGUCUUCACAGCCUAGGAGUCUUUGUCAGCAAAAAAUGGACAGGGUUAUAAUGGCCGAGUUUCUUAGAUGUCAAAGGGAAGAAAAUAAUGUGGUGCAGUAUAAAAAGGAUUAUGAGGCUGAAGUACACAAAGUGAAGUCCCUUCACUCGCAAGAUGAUGAUCCGUACUCAAAGGAGGUGGUUGACUCCAUGAAUGACAGAUCAUUACGUGGUAAUAACUAUUCUAGUUUAGGAAGAGGAAGUAGCCAUAGUGAGAGUGAGGCAGUGAAUCAAGUUAGGGAGAAAUAUGUAGUUGAAAAGGAGGCAGAUGCUGCGUUCUGUCUUACUGAUGAGAACAAACCCAGUAGCAAACUGACACCAACAAGAAACGAAAACAUGCAUGACACUGAUUCAAGUUGUUCUCAAGCAGUUGGUGGGCAUAUGUCUUUUGUACAUAGCAUUAAUCCACCUGACGGCAAACAUUUGAAUGAUAAUGAGAGUAAGCUGAUGCUAAUCAAAGAGAACAGCGAACACUUUGCUGGGCCUGCCUCUGAUCUCCCGGAACAACCAGAAAUGCUCGAUACAGAAAGUGAAUUAGAUGAACAUUCCAACAUCCAGGACAAUGGUUUAGAAACUGCAAGCUUUUCAGUUCAGGGCAAGAAGACACUUAUGAAGAAACACAUAUCAAAUGACCUCCUGGAGAGCUGUAAUGUAUCCUCGAGAACAGAUACCUUUGUAUGUGCCCCAACUCCUUUGCGCCCUGUAGCAACUGUGAACUCUAAUACUCACCCCACACUAUCCAAUGGCAAUUUGAAAAAUCUUUAUGCACUUCAUGUUGACAAGCUGUCACCCACCGCAGUCCUACCUCCCUUUGAUGGUACACAGUUGUUAAGCCUAUCCGCAAAAGUGCCUAAUAAGACUGCCUGCAAUAGCAGCAUCCCUAAGCCAAUCCUUGUAAAUUCCAAUGACCCCCAUCCAUCUAAGAGCGAUGGAAUCCAUUCAAACUGUAUUGAAAAGCCGGAAGAAAAUGUUGAGACAAAGCCAGACGUCCCCAAACCCAAACACGUGAGACCUAAAAUCAUCACUUACAUCAGAAGAAACCCCCAAGCUAUCAGCCAGCUUGACCAUUCAUUCACCACAUCUGGAUUACCCUAUGGGCCACCAGGCUGUGGUGUGCCAGUCACAAAGGAAUCAAAUAACUCGAAUGAUGGAGAGAUUAAGCCAGCUAACAUGCUCUAUGACAAGUUUAAACCUGACCUGCAGAAACCUCGGAUUUACAGUUCUGGACUCAUGGUGUCUGGCAUUAAAUCCUCUGGCCACCAUUUCAGUCAAAUGGGUGAAAAGUUUCUACAAGAGGUUGGGGAAAGGCCCGUGAAAGAAGAAUUUUGCCCUCCACCAUAUGCCCAUUAUGAGGUACCUCCAAGCUUUUAUCGUUCAGCCAUGAUACUUAAGCCCCAGUUGGGCCUGGGGGCAGUUUCCAGGCUGCCAUCUGCAAAAAGUAGGAUUUUGAUCGCCAGUCAAAGGUCUUCUGCAAGCUGCAUCCAUCAACAAGGUCCAAUAACGAGCUCUCCCACACUUUUCCAUCCUGAUGCUACAGCUGAUCUUAAGAAAAGCCCAACUCCAAACACCAUAAAGUCAAAUCUACCCAAACCAUGUCCAUCUGGACUUCGCCCACCUGGUUAUUCACGGUUGCCAGCUGCUAAACUAGCAGCAUUUGGUUUUGUCAGAAGCUCGAGCGUCUCCUCAAUCUCAAGCAACCAAUCAAAUGACAGUGUCCAAAGCGACCAAAGCAGGACAGCCAACCUCAUAAAGUUUGUGUAUACUAUAAAUGAUUAUGCUUUGGAACAGCUGAACAUGAAGCCAACUGGAGUGGAGGUGAACCUGGAUCUG